AUGCCUCCGAGACGCAACCAAGGGCGUAAUUUAGAUGACAGGCGGGAAGAUACUCCCCCACCACCGCCGCAACCUGAGAUGAGAAUCGAAGAACGUUUUCUUCGACAUAAUCCACCCGGAUUUAGUGGGACUGGAAAUCUACAAGAGGCGGAAGACUGGGCACGUCAGAAGACUCUGACACCCGAGCAAAUAGAGAACUACACCUGGGAACAAUUCAAGGCUACCCUUUUUGAGAAGUAUAUACCGAGGAGUUACCGUAAACAGCGAGAAGCUGAAUUUGGAAGUUUGAGACAAGGAAAGAAGUCGGUUGCAGAGUAUGACCGAGAAUUCUGUGAUUUAUCACGUUUUGCUCCACAGAAAGUGGACACCGAUGAGAAGAUGUCUGAGCUUUUCUGCGCCGGUUUGAGGCAGGACAUUAGGGUAGUGUUGGCAAGUCAGGCCGCACUGCCAUACACUGAGGCUUUGAAUCGAGCCUUAGAUAUGGAGUUGGCUAUGCACCCAGAGAAAGUACUGCAAGCACCUGCACUGCCGCUAACUCAGACGAAAAUGCCUGGAGGACAACAGACUGCGCCUCCAGCACAGAGUGGAAAAAGAAAAUGGGAGGACAGAGGACAGGGCAACAGAAAGCCAUGGCAAGGACAAGGCCAACAACAACAGGGUAAACAGCAAUACCCUGGACAGUCAUCAGGACAACCGAGGACGCCGCCGUGUGCCAAGUGCAACAAGAUGCACUUGGGUGUUUGCAAAGCUGGAUCAAAUAGUUGCUACAAUUGUGGACAAGCUGGUCAUUACUCGUCGCACUGCCCGAAUAAGCAACAAGGAAUGGCAAGAGGGAAGCUUGAACAGAGUUCGGCUCAGCCCUUGAGAGCCAUUAUGGGGUAUCCGCAACCGCCCCAACAGCAACGUCAGCCGCAAGGUCCACAGAAACAGUAA